GAAACGAGGCAGUAUCGAAAGGAAACGAGACAGUAUCGGAAAGAAACGAGACAGUAUCGGAAAGAAACGAGACAGUAUCGAAACGAUAACCAAAAAUGAAGUUGCUUGCGCUCUUGUUUGUAGUGACGGCGAUGAUGGUUGCAGACAGCUUUGCAGCAACCGGGAAACCAUGUCCAGAGAUAGCAUGCAUUGUUAACCGCUGCAGUGAAUACAGAGUUGGAGCAGAUGGGUGCAGAACUUGCAGAUGUGUUAAUCCUUGCGAGGAAAUCAUUUCUCCUUGUGCCAGCAAUCAAAUAUGUAUUCCUAAGAAUGUGACGUGUGUUAAGGCUCCAUGCUAUCCUGUGGCCAAAUGUAUUGAAUGUCCACUACCCAAAUGUUCCAAUCAUUGCAAUAGUGGCUUUAGGAAGGACUCCAGAGGUUGCCAAACCUGUAAAUGUGUCGAUCCGUGCGAGAAUAAAGUCUGCAGAGCCGGUCUAGUAUGCAAGAGUGAAAAGGUUAUAUGUAAGAAGGAGCCAUGCUAUGCAGUUGCUAGAUGUGUUAAAAAAGUUUGCCAACCAGUUUUUUGCCCGAGGCUUUGUACAAGUGGAUACAGGAAAGACAUCAAUGGCUGCCAAACAUGUUCUUGCAUUGAUCCGUGUGAGGAUAGAAAUCCGUGUCCAUCCGGACAAGUUUGCAAGCCUGAGCAGGUCUUUUGCAUCGCCGCUCCUUGCUAUGAUGUGGCCAAAUGCGUCGUCGAUUGUUCCAAAAACGCCAUCUGUGACAUGUUCUGUGAGUUUGGAUUCGAAUUGGGUCCAGACGGCUGCCCAAUUUGUAAAUGCAGAGAGGAAAACCCAUGCGCGCUCAUUGAUUGUAUUCCUGGACGAAUCUGUCAAGUGAUUAAUAAUACAGCCCAAUGCAUUCCAGCCCAAAAGAAUUGCUCGGGCGCCAUGUGCAAAAUGCUCUGUCCGUUUGGAUUCAAACUUGGAGCUGAUGGUUGUGAGAUAUGUGAAUGUAGGAAGGACUGCAAUGGAGUUGCUUGCAAAGACUCCGAGAUGUGUAAAGAAGUUGACGGAACAAGGAGGUGCGUUCCCGGCUUGGACGACCCAGCAUUGUGUCCGAGUUUAAAAUGUAAGCCAUGCCUAAGUGGCUAUGUCACAAAUCAAAAUGGCUGCCAAACUUGUGACUGUAUCGAUAAAUGCGAGAGGGUGAUUUGCCCCCCUAAAAAAGUUUGCCAAGUGAACGACAUUGUAUGCGUAAGGGCCCCUUGUCCCAACCAGCCUCGAUGCGUUAGUUUAUCAUAUUAA